GGCCGCGUGCGCUUCUCAUCCCCUCGCGCCGCCGCCGCUCCUAAACCCCUCGCGCCGCCGCCGCUGAAUCCAUCCUCGGCCGCCGCCGCCGCCUCCUCCCAUGUCCCGCCGCCCCGGCUCCCUCAUUCCCCUGCUCCGCCGCCGCGGCCUCCACGACUCCCCAACCCACCGGUCCUUCGCCUCCGUCUCCGUCCCACCCGACGCGAUCCCCUCCACCUCCUCGCCGUGGCCGCCGCACUCCCCACCUCCUACUCCGCCGCCGACCGAUCCCGACGGGACGCGGUGGUCCGCGUCUUGGUCCCCCGCCUCGCCGCCGCUCCCGCCCUUCACUGCCGCUCAGCUCCGCUCUGCCGUCUCCUCGAUCGCCGCCUCCCUCCUCGCCCUCCCGGAGCCUGAUCCAAACCCGGCGCCCGACCUCCACGCCCACUCCUUCCCGACCCUCCUCGCCGUCUCACCGCUCGCAUCGCUCGAGCUUCUCUCGCUGCUCCGGCCCAGGCCGCGGCUCGGCCUCGCGGUGUUCUCAUUUCGCCGCGAGCUCUCCCCGGCCCCCACACUCGGCGAGUUCGCCCUCGCUAUCUCGCUCGCGAGCUGCGCCCGCGACCCCGCCGCGGCUGCUGCGCUCUUUGCCGACGCCGCUGCCGCUCACUCCCCGGACCAGGCGCUGUACAACGCCCUCAUGGCGGCGUACAUGCACAGCGGCCUCCUGGACAGCUGCCUCGAGGCCUUCCAUGCGCUGGAACGCGACCCGCGGUGCGGGCCGCCUAAUGUGGACUCGUACAACAUCCUCAUCGCCCUCUUCGGUCGCUCCCUCCUCGUUGACCACAUGGAGGCCACGCUCAGGUCGCUGGAUGCUUCUGGGCAUCCCCGCACGAUUGGUACGUAUAAUGCAAUCAUCGCCGGAUACCUUACUGCGUGGAUGUGGGACAAAAUGGAAGCAGUGUUCCAGGAAAUGUUGUCGGGUCAUAUUGUUCCUGAUACUACUACGCAUCUGUUGAUGCUGAGAGGAUAUGCGCAUGCUGGGAUGAUAUACAAAAUGGAGCGAGCUUAUGAGCGUGCUUACAAGCAUGCUGGAAAAGUUGACAAUGUGCAUAUACGUGCAAUGCUAAGCGCAUACUGCAAGUUUGACCAUGUAGAUAGGAUUCAAAAGAUCGAGGAGUUGUUGCAGAGGUUGGGUCCUGAUGACUACAGGCCAUGGCUAUAUGUGUUGUUAAUUAGGGUGUAUGCUCAGGAGGGGUUGCUUGAAGGGAUGGAGCUGCGGAUCGCCGAGGCACUGGAACGCAAUGUCAUUGUCACCACCGUACAGGUGAUGCGGUCCAUCAUAUCAAGCUAUUUUCAUUCCGAUGCGGUCGACAAACUCGCAUGUUUUGUCCGGCAGGCGGAGGAGGCUGGGUGGAAGCUGUGCCGGAGCUUGUACCACUGCAAAAUGGUGAUGUAUGGGAAGCACCAGCGGCUGGAAGAGAUGCAUGGGGUUUUGGAUGAGAUGGAAUGUUUUAAAUUUGACAGGACAAAGAAGACAUUUUGGAUCAUGCACAAGGCAUAUGUUAGUUGUGGGCGAAGGACUGAGGCAAAUACUAUACUCGGCAUGAUGUGGAAGCACGGAUUUGGACUUCCUAAGAAUGUAUCUGUUCAACAACAUGAUCUUUCUGCUCCACCUAUUGGGGAUAAUUUUUCUUUCUGACAAGGUAUUUAAUUGCUACAUUAGGCUGUUGACGUCAUAUGUGGUUUUGAUGCCUUUGCUACUCGAAGAGCAAAAUGACUCCAUGAAACUCAGCUCCAAAGUACCUAAAACAAUACAAGUGAGCAGCUGUAUAUAUGCAAUUUGGCACCUGAACAGACUGCUGAAGUUGAUCUAGACAAGUUGACUUUGCAGCAACAUUUGAAACUGCUACCUUAUUUGGCCCAGCGACAUUUGAAGCUGCUACCUUAUUUGGCCCAUUCUUGCAUUGUUCAUGCAACACAGCUGCCCAUGGAGCGCAGAACUAACAUUUAUGGUGUUUAUCAAGAAGAUAAAUCAUGCUUGCAGAGAGAUGCUGCUGCUCUGCGGUGCAUCCCUGCUUCUCUGUUCGAAGUCCAUCCUUGAUGACAUGCAAUCUGAGGUGCCUUGCCCGCUGUUGCAGUUCCAGCUUAAUCAAAGUGGAGGUACAGCAUGGAACUGUGGCUGAGUGUUUAUUCUGUUGUACUCGUACAAGCUUUGACAAAGCAGUGCUUGUCGGUAAGUCUUUGAAGCUUCAUUGUUCUCAAGCAAUCAGCACUCUGCUUUGUAACUCUACACUACAGUGGUGCCAGACUGCCAGGCAACUCUACAUUGGAGCUAAGAUCAAUGGCAUGCAAAGCGCUACUGCGCUAGUAAACAAAAAAGAACUUUGAUGGUUUCACAUCAUCUCAAAAUGGUGAUACGAGUGAAAGGUACAUGAGCUUGUCCAUCAUGUUGAAGUGAAAGGAACCAAACAUAUAGGAGAUAUCACUAUGUAAGACUCGUAUGGGCACCUACGCUGACUGCACGUUCAGACGCAGAUGAGACUGCCUGAGAAAUCUCAGGACGCUUCUACUGCAGCACACACACUACACACGCACCCUAUACACACACCCCACCACAGUCCCCUCUGGGGAAAUUCCCCAGUGCGGCACCCACGGUCGCCCAGACUGGAAUCGAACCGUGGGUGGGCAGCCUGGCCACUGCCAGCGCUACCAAUGAGCUAGAGCUCGUCUGCCGUUAGGGUGGGUGCCACCAAGGCACUUCCAGGUUCUCUCAUUUUCAGGCUGCGGCAUGACCUAUAUGAUGUUCUGCCCUUUUUUCCCCCACCAAUUGACAUUUGCACCAGUUUUUAACGUGCGUGCAAUGAUUCUUUCAAGCCAAUCAUACAAGUUGUACUCAGCAGAAAUGUAGUUGUCAAGCGUGUCUCAUAGUUUUUGUC